AUGGUGACUCAUAGAGGAAUUGAAGUGAACCCAAAUCAGAUCAAGGCCAUUAACGAUUUACAAGCACCUCGGAACCCAAAAGAAGUGCAGAAACUGACUGGUAUGACUGCUGCUUUGAACCGGUUUAUCUCCAAGUCAACCGAGAGGCCGCCUAUCAUGUCUAGUCCUAAGGUGGAUGAGGUAUUGUUUGCUUAUCUGGCAGUUGCCCCUCAUGCAGUUAGUUUUGUCUUGAUACGAGAGGACAGUGGCGUCCAAAGGCCAGUGUACUAUGUAAGCAAGUCCCUUCAUGAGGCCGAGGUGAGAUACUUGUCAUUGGAAAAGGCCAUCUUGGCGGUGGUCCAUGCAACACGCAAAUUUCCGCAUUACUUUCAGGCCCAUACUGUGGUUAUCUUGACUCAACUACCUCUCAAGUCCAUACUAAGAAGUGUAGACUACACCGGAAGAAUUGCUAAGUGGGGCACAAUUCUAGGUGCUUUCGAUAUCAAGUACAUGCCGCACACCUCUGUGAAAGGCCAAGUCCUUGCUGAUCUGGUGGCUGAGUUCGCCGAGUUCCCAAAAGAAGUUAAUAUGAAGCAAGACAACGUGGAUGAAAAAUCGGUUGGCCUAAUAUCCACACAAGGCAUAUCCUCUUGGAGGGUGUACGUGGAUGGGGCAACAAACCAAUGGGGAGCAGGAUUGGGGUUAGUUUUGAUAUCUCCCGAAGAGGUCAUCAUCGAGAAGUCCUUGAGAUUAGGAUUCUCGACUACUAACAACGAAGCGGAGUACGAAGCUUUGUUGAUGGGAAUGAGUAUGGUCCAGAAAAUGGGCGGGAAGAUAGCAGAAUUAUUCUCGGACUCGAGAUUGGUAGUUGGCCAAGUGAAAGGAGAGCUAGAGGCCCGGGAUCCAAGAAUGCAGGGGUAUUUAAGCCAAGUUAGGCGUAUCCAAACGAAGUUUGAGUCUUUCGACUUAUCGCAUAUUCCCCGAGGUGAAAAUACUCACGCCGACUCCUUGGCAACCCUUGCCACCUCCUCGGUACGGAAUUUUCCUCGGUUGAUCAUUGUUGAAGACUUGCAUACCCCCACCUCACCAGAAAAAGAUGUUUGCCAAGUUUAUCAAGCCAGUCUAUCGUCGAGCUGGAUGGAUCCCAUAUUGAAAUUCCUUAAAAGUGACAUCUUGCCCGAAGAGAAAGUCAAAGCUGAACCCUUGGCCAACAUCAGAGACGUAGAUGUUAAGAAGUUUAUUUGA